AUGGGUUAUUCCGAUGAUUCUCCAACCCAAACUUCCUAUCGUCAACAUCUUCUUAACGAAAACGUAGAUGAACAAGAUCCAAACCCAGGAUUCAAAUCACACAAAAAACUAGCUCUUCUCCCUCUAAUCUUUCUCAUCUACUUUGAGGUUUCUGGUGGACCUUAUGGUGAGGAAGCCACAGUAAAAGCCGCAGGUCCAUUUUUUGCAAUUCUAUGUUUUGUAAUUUUCCCUUUUAUUUGGAGUGUUCCAGAGGCACUUUUAACUGCAGAAUUAGCCACCACUUUUCCUGGAAAUGGUGGGUUUGUUAUUUGGGCUAAUGAAGCUUUUGGCCCUUUUUGGGGUUCUCUUAUGGGAAAUUGGAAAUUUUUCUGUGGUGUCAUAAAUUUAGCAUCUUAUCCUGUUCUAUGUUUAGAUUAUGUUAAACUUGUUUUUCCUGUUUUGUCUUCUGGUUUUCCUCAUUAUCUCUCAAUUGUUGUCUCAACUUGUUUGUUAUCUUUUUUGAAUUAUUCUGGUUUGGCUAUAGUUGGUUAUACUGCUGUUGCUUUAGGUGUCAUUUCUCUUUUACCUUUUCUUUUGAUGUCUUUGAUUUCAUUGCCUAAGAUUCAGCCUGGUAGAUGGUUGAGUUUUGGUCAAGAGGGUGUGGAGAAAGAUUGGACACUUUUUUUCAAUACUGUUUUUUGGAACUUGAAUUUUUGGGAUAGUGCUAGUACUUUGGCUGGGGAAGUUGAAGAGCCACAUAAGACUUUUCCUAAAGCUUUGUUUUUUGCUGGAUUGUUAACUUGUUUGGGUUAUAUAAUUCCUUUGUUGGCUGCAACUGGUGCUAUGCCCCUUGAUCAAGAGAAUUGGGUUGAUGGGCAUUUUGCAAAUGUGGCUUAUUUGAUUGCUGGAGAUUGGUUGAAAUAUUGGAUGGAAAUCGGUGCGGUUUUGUCGAUUAUUGGAUUGUUUGAAGCUCAAUUGAGUAGCUCUGCGUAUCAGCUUUUGGGUAUGGCUGAUUUGGGAUUUAUACCGAAAAUAUUUGGUGAAAGAUCCAAGUGGUUUAACACACCUUGGAUGGGGAUUUUGGUUUCGACAAUGAUAUCACUUGCUAUGACAUUUUUUAGUUUUACAGAGAUUAUAUCCACUGUGAAUUUCUUGUAUAGUUUAGGGAUGCUUUUGGAGUUUGCUUCUUUCCUUAAAUUGAGGAGGAAGUUUCCUACAAUGAAAAGACCUUAUAAGGUUCCUUUUGGAUUCUUUGGUUUGAUUAUAAUGUGUUUUGUCCCAUCUGUGCUUUUGGUUUAUGUGAUGACAGUUGCUACCAAAACUGUGUUAGUGACUAGUACUUUCUUAACAUUAUUAGGGAUAGUGUUGUAUUAUUUCAUGAAUCUUUGCAAGUCCAAAAGGUGGAUUGAAUUCAAUGGAGUAGGAGAUAUAAUGGAAGAAGAAGAAGAAGAUGAUAUUGUUAUAUAG